GGUUGCUAUCGCGUGUUCACUGUUCAUGUGUAAUGUCUUUAUAUCUCGUUGUGUCGUACGAUCAAAACAAAUAAAUAAUUAGUUUAAAAUUCGCUGUGAAAGAUGCAAAGCCAACGUGAAAACAGCGGUCAUACUUAUAUGCAAUGGAUUGUGGCUUCAAUAGUUAAUAUAGCAACACUGGCUUAUGGCAUGGAAGUAGGCUGGAUUUCCCCAAUGACCAAAAUCCUUCAGUCUGAAUCUUCGCCUAUGGGAUAUCCUUUAUCGGAUAAUGUGAUAUCAUGGGUAGCAAGCGUUCUCUGUAUAGCUGGAAGCUUGGGAGUAAUAUUUUUUUCAUACUUAGCUGACAAAAUUGGAAGGAAGUGGGCAAUCAUAGCAUUAUUAGUUCCACAAACGAUGUCUUUGACUUUGAGGUUACUUUCUCCAACUGUAAGGGCUCUCGUAAUUGCCAGAAUACUAGCAGGAAUCACCGGUGGAGGUUGCUUUACUGUAAUCCCAAUGUAUGUCAAAGAAAUUAGCCAAGAAAGUCUAACGGGCGUUUUGGUAUCUCAGCAAGUUUUAUUUCAAAACAUUGGUAUUUUGAUAAUGUACACUAUUGGUAUUUACUUGGAUUAUUACUCUACACUAUGGAUUAUAUCUGUUUUACCGGUCAUCACUUUAUUACUGCUGUUAAAAGCCCCUGAAUCGCCGGCAUUCUUGGUGAAGCAACAGAAGAUCCAUGAAGCCUAUAAAGUUGUAGCACUGCUUCGAGGUUUAGAAAGCAAUGACAAGAGAGUAGAAAAUGAAGUAGAAAGUAUGCAAAGACAAGAUGAUGAAUUUAAAGCAAUGCCACAUUUAAAUCUUCUAACUAUAUUAAAGGACGAUGCAUGGCGUAAGGGCGUAAUAAUAACAUUGAUUUUUUUCACAAUACAAUCAUUCAACGGAGCGGUGGCCAUAGUGACUUUUGGUGUAACAAUUCUUCAGUCAACUGGUGUGGAGUUCAAUAUUGAUCCAGAAUUCCAAGCCCUUAGUUUUCCAGUCAUUAUGAUAAUAGCUUCUCUUUUACUGACAGUAGUGGUUGAGAAGUUUGGUAGAAAGAUUUUGUUAAUAGGCGCAUUCACAAUAUCAGCAGUAGCAUUACUGUCACUUGCAAUAGCAUUGCUAUUAAGACUUUAUGGAGGAUCUUUACCGAACUGGCUACCUAUUGUAUCUCUUAUGACUUCCGUUGCUAUGUUUUAUGGUAGUAUAACACCUUUAACAUACAUUGUUACCACAGAGAUGUUUGUGUUCCAGAUUCGUGCCAAAUUAAUGGGUUUAGUCUGUUCGUAUUGCUGGAUUACAUUUUUCAUACCACUCACAAUUUACACGCCAAUUACAAAUAUGUUUGGUGCAUACACGAGUUUCUUUAUUUUUGGAAUUUUUAAUGUAAUAGGUUUAGUAUUCACAAUAUUAUACAUCCCAGAGACAAAAGGAAAGAGUGAUGAGGAGAUCAGAACGGUGAUAGUAGGACGAAGAAGAAUAGAUGAUUCUAUAUGACAU